UGGGUUUCUCAGAUAGAUAGACCUGAGGAUUGGAGUCUAUUCUUGGGAUGAAAGGGAGGGAAGAGGUCCAGGAUUUGGAUGGACGGUGUUACAAAGGCGCAGAGGGCGAAAUAGGUGACGGGUAGAGGCAGCGGUGGUGAUGCAAGGGCAAGCCGUUGAUGGUCUUUCACGUCAUCAUCGCGUGUGCUCAGAUGCUCGGAAUUCGCUAGUGUCGGCUGGAUCCAGCAAGCAAGCUUCGAUAGCUGUGAUGCCGCGGUGGAGCGGCUUAAACGGGGGCCAGAGGAGACGGAAUGGACGGAUGAGUGACGAGGUGGUGGGGAAACAUUCGGGUUCGGCAAGAGUUUUGGCUCUGCGAGCAAGGAGGGAGCUUGCGGGCGAUGGCGGGAGAUUCGUAUUGCCACUCGCUGUGGGUAAACCAGGUCUAGUUGUUUUUUCCCCCCUUGAUCCUAAUCGAAGGUCGGGGGAACGCAGAUCGCAAAGCCGACCUGGUUGGUGUUUGACGUCCAAGGGAGGGGAGGGGAGAGGAGCGAGACAGAGAAUGAGAGAUAAAAGAAAGAAAGAGAGACGAAAAGAGGGAGAGAAAGAGCAGCCAGGAGGGUUUGGGGAGCAGAAAUAGCGGCGGGGAGAUAAUUGGAUAUUUGGUUGCGAAUGCCAAACACGGCUUGAUCAAUCAAUAGUGGAGGAAGUUUCGAAAGUGGAAUUCCAGCAAGCAGGGGUUGGAAGGAAGAAGCCGAGAGAUGGAACCAUGUAAAUUACCUACUCGAAGUGAGGGACCGGGGCUGGCAGGGAGGUAUUAUCUGUAU